CAUCAUUUCACUGUUCAUCAGUCUGAUUUCCUCUUUCUUUUCUCUCCUACGCAGUCGGCCCGCCCAAGCUGCACCUUCACUUAUCAUAAGCCACAUAAGUUAUGUGGCUUUUCAUGAUCUCUCAAAGUGAAAGUAAAACCGCCUCACUGGAGAUUUAGCUCUAUCGCAGCGAGGGCGUGUCUGAGAAAACAAGACUAUAACGGGUCUGUUCAGAGAGUAAAUCGCUUUAAUAGCUCACAAAAAAUCCCCAACAGGCUUUUUGAGCCUCCGGAUGCUUCAGAGAGGCACGAGAGAAAAGCCCUCCAGAAGCAUGGCCCUGCAGAAUGAAACCGGCUUGGGGAGAAAGUUCUACGUUGUUGUAGCAGGAAAAACCAACGGGGCUCAUCAGUCCAUAGUCGAGAAGCUGAGGAGCGCAGACCAAGUUCAAGUAUUCUCUCCGGGCGACUGUGACUACCUUCUGGUCAUCUGUCCCAUCGUUUCACGCACUCUGACAGACAUCACCGAGGCCCUCAGCAAGAUUCAGAGCAACAGACCCGUCAUUCUGGUGGUGAUGCAUCACACAUUCGACACCAACUACAUUAUAGCUGAGAGCGGGAGACAAGUGCAGAACCCCAACGUCCGCCUCACUGUAGAUUAUCUUUUUUAUCAGCAUGAAAUCCUCAACUGUAACCGCAAUGAAAUAUCAUGGUACAAAAUUCAGAACGUUCUCGGCGUUCCAAUUUCCAGGGUAAAUAUAUUUGUGUCUGAUCAUGCUGUGUUUCAGUCAUGUUGUCGAUCAGCGGGAUCAUGAUGGACUUCUUUG